AUGGCUUUGCUGUGGCUGCUCGUCCUGCUGGCCCUGGCCGGGCCCGUGGGGGGCACCUGGGACACCUGCAGAGGCACCUGCGGGCUCCGGCCCUUGGCGUUUGACCACAACUCGCUGGUUCGGGACUACAACCCCACAGACCAUGACUACACAACUUUGUCAUCUUCUGAUGGCACUGCUGUGGACGUGGACAGCCCUGGUGUCCCCUCGGGGACCUGGCCUGGCAUCGUCAGCAUCCAGACCACCUGGGAUAACGGCACGUGGCACAUGUGCUCGGGGGCACUCAUCCACCCCCAGUGGGUGCUCACGGUGGCACGCUGCUUCAUGAACACCAGGGACACCUCUGCAUGGAAGGUGCUGAUCGGGGCCACGGAUCUGAGCCAGCCCGGCCCCGAGGCCCAGCGUCGCCACAUCAGGAGGGUCCUGAAGCACCAGGACUACAACGACGACUCGGGGGGCAACAACAUUGCCCUGCUGGAGCUGGACCGGCCCGUGGAGUGCAGCGACUACAUCCAGCUGGGCUGCGUGCCCGACAGCUCCCUGGAGGUGCCCGAGCUGAAAACCUGCUAUGUUGCAGGCUGGAGAGCCAUCCCAGAGAAUGCCCCGACCCCAGGGCUGGUGCUGCAGGAGGCCAAGGUGCGGCUCAUCGACGUCCAGCUGUGCAACAGCAGCCGCUGGUACGGGGGGGCCGUGCACCCCCAGGACCUGUGCGCGGGGUACCCGCGGGGCGGCAUCGACACCUGCCAGGGGGACAUCGGGGGUCCCCUGGUCUGCAAGGACAACACCGGUGACUACUUCUGGCUGGUGGGGCUGGCCAGCUGGGGCAAGGGCUGCGCUGGUGACAAGCGGCCCGGGGUGUUCACGUCCACCCAGCAGUUCCACACCUGGAUCCAGGUGCAGAUGGGAUUGGUCCCACCGCCAACGGAGGCUCCUCCGCCCGAGCCGGAGCCACCCACCCCCACCAUUGAGGAAGAGCUACCAGAAGUGGAACCAGAACCAGAACCUGAACCAGAAUCAGAACCACAACCGGUGCCAAUACCGGUACCGAUACCAGAACCGGAACCCAUACCAGAACCAGAAGAAGAAGAGGAAGAAGAACCAGAACCAGCACCACCACUGCCGAAGUUUAUAACAAUUUCAUUCCCAAAAGCCAUCCUGCUGAGGUUCUUCACGAACCUGCAGGAGUUCCUGGAGUUCCUGCGGGACAAACUGGACUGA